AUGUCAGUGGAGACAGUCCUGAAACAGAUAUUCACCUAUGUUACAACUUUAAACAAAGCCAAUUCUGAACAAGUCAAGAAAUGGGAUGCAAAAAGUUUACAGAAUGCGUUUAACUGGGCUAGAUAUGCUGAAGAAGUUCAUUUAAAGUUAAAAGACAGAUCAUUUGUUGAGGACUUAGAUAGGCAGAUAAAAGUCAUGACAGUACAUCUAUCACCAGCAUCAUGUUGUCAAAUGAGUUUUGAUGAACUUGGAAAAGCAUCGCAGAUAAUGUUUUUGACUCUUAUUCAGAAUCCAUUCUUUCCAGAGGGCCUUACAGAGAAUCUCUUUUUAUCAUAUAAUAGGAAGUUAGACAGUUUCAGUUUCAAAAUUGAUGCUGAAUGUUCCAUUUUAUCAUCAAACUUAACCACUUUGACAAUUGGACAGGAUAUGAUGAAGUCCAGUACUAUUGGUAUUGAACCUGACGAGCAGAAUGACCUGCAUAAUGUGAAUUCUCAAGCGAAAUUGUUAUUGGAUGGAUUAUUGAGCAUAGUGCCAAGAAUUGACGAGACAAAAGCAGAUUCAUAUGUUAAAAUAUUACUUCAAAGAAUGACUGAAUUAAGAAAUGGAAUAUCUGUCAUUGUUUCGAUGUAUUUGCAAUCGGGUCUAACUGAAGAUGAUGUUAGCCAAAUGAUAUGCACUUUUAUAAUUCAGUAUUUGCAACAUAAUACAAAUAUCACAUUUGAAAAUGUUCCUGUCGAUUUGCUAGUGCAGACAUCUUCUCUUGACUUUAGAUUUUUAGACAUUUUUAUAAAUUGGCUUAUUAAUAUUGCACAAAACUUUUCAGUGAAUUAUCCUGAAGGGGAGAUGUAUGAAUGGAAAUGUCACAAUGCUGAAUCUUCCAUGGACUUUGGAACUAUUUGUAAUUAUUUCAAGCAAUUAAGCAAAGCAAAUAAGGAUGUAAAGAAGAAACUACAUAGAAAACUUAACGAAUAUAGUAUGGAAUCCUUUGCAAAUAUUUUUAGAGAUAUUUUAAAGAAUUUGCAAUAGCUAUAAUAUGUACAUGUAGACGUGAUACAUGUUAUUGUAUACAUGUAUAUCUGCUUUUUGAUAGAAUCAUGCAUUUGCUUGUUUCUGAACAAUUAUCAUCAAUCUGCUGUUGGAUUGACUUGUUAA